GAUGGCACAGCCAAAAACUUAAAAUUCAAGUAACAUAUAAAAUUACUACAUCACUCCCAGAAACCUAUGUGAAUAUGAGUUUUAACUAUUGUAGUAAGUAAAUGAUAAAACGUCGAGAAAAAUAGGAAGUUGUUCCAGGAAAAUGCGAAGAUAAAACGUCCGAUUUAUUUAUAGAACCCACGUGGGAUACGUCAUUUUGGUUCGAAGCUCUCGACAUAUUGAUUCAAACCCUCAUCGAAUGGUAUUUUCACAUGGAAUAUCACUUGACUAACUUCACCUGUAGGUAUACCGUUCGGUUCAAAAACAGCAAUCAUCCUCGCUUCGAAUGUAUGAGGCAUUAGAGGAUUACAAUUCCAAUUACUAAUUUUCAAACCAUUUGUACUUUAUGCCGACAACACAUAACAUUGUAUUUGUGUCGGUAUGAGGAAAAUAAUUCAUGUUAUUUUGUCUCCAUGGAAUUCCUACGGAAUUUCAAUAUUGAACUUUCAAAUUCAACAUCGGAUUCAAGCUAUAGGUUCGUAUUCGACCAAUGAAAAAUGUUAUUUCAAGUUGCUUUACUAGUUUCGAGACAGAAUUUGUGUAAUUACUAACAACAAGCUCAAUAUUGGGUUGAAUAUUAUUGAUACCUCAUGUAAUUUGAACUUCGUCCUUUGUGUAAUAAUGAUUUAUUUUUGCGGUGAAUUUACAAUGGCUAGAUGAUGUUCGUCCGCAACACGAGCUAAUUAAGUUGAAACAACCUCAAAUUCAGCAUCAAAUUUUUCACCGUGCAUAAUAUAAAGUUAGUAAUGGUAAAAUUUUUCGAAAAAUAAUCAAAGAAAAUUUCGACGUUUGAAGACCACAUUCUAUUACGAAAAUAUGGAUCCCAUAUGACGAAAUGGAUUCACGAAUGUUUGUAGAAAAUCGCGUCACCUUAUUUAGUUCAUAUUUCGGAACGUUUGGGCCGCGCGACCUACAUAAAAAACGAGAUAUUGCCGAAGAACCAGUCACUUUUUCAAACCUAUGCAGCCUCACCAAGGUCAGCGUAAACCCCGCGAGGCGCGGGGGCUGGAUUUUUCGUAACUGGCAGCGAUAGAAACUUUACUAACAUUUUCGCGUCCGUCAAAAUUGACAGUCUGCUGCGAUCCAACGAGCGAGUAUCAUUCUGAUUCUGAGCAUUAUAAAUAAUUAUAAGGAUGUAUUAGAGAAAUAAAUUAGAAAAACGUCGAUUCGACCAGCUUUCAAUGACACAACUUCAUAUAGUACAGCUGACAAACCUUCGGCAAUCAAAAAAAAUUUGAGACAAGCAUCUACUUUACCAUAAUGGGGGGCUUCUUUUAUCCGGCGAUUGCCGUAGUGGCGAUGAUGUACGCACUUUUUGACGUUAAUUAUUUCAUCCGUGUCUUCUUCACUCUUUCUUGGCGAAAACUGAUACCCGUGAAACGAAGAAAGAUUUCCGACGCAAUUAACAUAUACGGAUUCUGCACAACGAACGAUGUGGAUUUGUUCAUAACGCAUAUGAACAACGCGCGGUUCAUAAGAGAAUUGGAUUUUGCUCGUUUCGAUUACUAUCAUAGAACUGGAAUAUAUGAAGUUGUAGCCUCUAGAGGAGGCAGCUCACUCCAAGUGGCAACGACAGUAAGACACAGAAGAGUAAUGCCGGUGUUCACCUUUUAUCGAAUCGAAACGAAGCUUAUUUAUUGGGACCAAAAGGCGGCAUACUUGGAGCACAAGUUCAUCACACUAUCGGACAAUUUUGUACGGGCGACCGUAUUCAGUAAACAACAAAUGGUCGGCCUUCGGAUGAGCACAGAUGAUGUGAUAAACGAAAUUGAUCCGGGAAUGCAAAAACCUGAAGCUCCGGAAGACCUCACACAUUGGAUAAAAUACAAUGAGUCUAGUUCGGAAAAAUUACGAAAAGUCGAUUGAUGUUAAAGCGUAUUGAAUUUGUAAAUUUCCAUUUUGAAAAGUUAUUUGAAAUGUUAAGCCGCCGCAUAGCUGGUUUGCGGCGAAAACUCGGGAAUUCAGUGAAUCCGAUAACUUUUUUCUGCAAUGGGCACUCAAAAAACACGUCACAUGCCGCAUCGAUGUUGACAACGAAACAACGUUGAAUUAUGAGAUAUUUUUUGGGACUGAAAAGGUUACAGAUAAAAUCUACGCGUAUGGGAAAUUUUCAUUGGUCAAAUGAGAUAUUUUUGAUUGACUUAAGAAACGAUUCUAUCAUUUCUUGGGAAAACUCGAAGCAUAGUAUUUUUUUUUUGUUUUAAAAUAACCGUACUGCCGGUACAAUAUCAAAUCCCGGGAUUUUCGAUUCGAAUUCUGGAUUCUGGUGAAAUCCAAAGAAUUCCGAGGGGAUUUGUAGUGGGGUGAGACCCCAAUAAUUAAUAUCUUACAUUAUUCAUUAUGUGAGAAGUGAAACACUUAUUCUUACGAAACCAUCAGAGAACCCUCAAUUCUAAGUUCCUUGUUUCUCGAUUAUUGUGUGUAAUUUUAUAAUAAAAAGUUUUUUCUAUCGUCGAAGAUAACAUGAUUUUCAGAAAG